AUGGUUCAUAUACUGCAGCACGGCCCGGACGGGAAAACACAACCAGGCAACGCCAACGAAUUUGCCGCGGCGUUCUGCUUCGGCCAUGGGGAGAUGAAAAUCGCCGACGAGGAAAUAAUUACCAAAAAUGAUACAACAACCUCCACGCCGGCGCUGCAGUACGCGUGCUUUCUAGGCGGGGAGCACAGUACUUCGAGUGGAACCAAAGAAGGGUAUUGGGACGCGGCAAAUUGGCAGGGAAAUUUAACCUUCGCACAGGCGGAGGGGGUAAAACAGUGGGUUUCGGCCGAAGAAGCGGAGACGGGCAGCGUUCCCGCAACCACCUACGUGGAGAUCGUUGCGGACGAAAGUGAUGAGACGAAAUUCGUUGCUAGUUGGUGGACGAAGGGGGGCGAAGAUUCUGCACCGGAAAAAUUUGCGAAGAAAAUCGUGGCCGAUGACGACGGCAUUUUUGGGGAAGUGUGUUGCGGCAAAGACGGCGAUUCGGCUGGGGGAAAGGACGAGGCGCCCCCGAGGAUGCUCGAUUCAGCUUUUGUGGAAUUGGAUAGGGAGGACGCUCAGGAUGCUGCAUAUCUCGUUGCAGUUUAAGCACGGAACAAGAAAGUAUCGCACAAGAUGGAAGUAGAGGCUCUUGAUGUACAAGUACGCAAGCCCUGAGAGUAUGGCAAUGUCGGCCUGCCACGCUUGCGUUGGAAUAAAUGUAGUUACUUUGUUAAAGUUUCCAUUUUUGAAGUAUGUUUUCUUCACUUCUUUUUCUUGCAAACAGAAACGACGCACUCUUUUGCUUUUCUUAUACCCCCCCCCGCCCCCUUUUGUCGUUUGUAUGCACAAAGACAAACCGUUUACCGCUUGCCCUUGCGUCCGUAUCUCAAUAUUGAAGCU